CAGAGCGGGAAGGAGCUGCUGUGGGACAUUCCUGUGGUUUGCAAUCCUCUGAACACUGAUGGCAAUUCAUUGUUUGGCUCCUGUUUCAGGCUGUCUGUUGAUAUUGGGCAGUGAAUAAUGGAUGCACAGACUAUAAUUGUGUGACAAUCCCAGAAAGGACACGUACCAGACUCAACAGAUUCAAAGUUUCGAGUGAAACAUUAGAAAAAGCGCCUCUUCUUCCCUUCAGUUUGUGUAUUGGCAACUUGAUAUUGAUGUAUGUCACCAUUGCAGCUGCUUCAGUCAUGGAGGUGUACUGAUGUUAGUUUCUGGAUCUCACCCAAUCGUUAAAAAAAUGGAAAGAAAAGGAGAUGAGGAGCCACUCAGGGCAAGAGUGAAAUCAAAAGCUGGUUCUGUUCGAAUUGCUGAGUUUUAAAAAUCCUAAUGAUUAUUAACUGAAUGCCACACUGAUCAGUUUGAUCUUGCCUAACUUGGCUUAUGGCUGAUUUACAGCUGAAAAAUUUUCUGUCUCCCUCCAAGCAAGUAUUCGAAGGACCAAGACAAUGUAAUAUUCCCUCUCUACAAAGCCAUGUGUGACCAGCUACUUCCACCAAACACGAGCUGAAAAUUCGUGAGUUCCUCCAAGCAAAUACUCGAUGGACCAAGACAAUGUAAUAUUCCCUCGGUGCAAAACCAAGCGUAACCAGCUGCUUCAAACAAACACCAGGCACCAAGCUGUCACAGAAGGGACGUCUAUGCGGGGAAAACCGACAGGAGGCACUUGAGAAGUAGUGGGUGGGGUGAGGGCUACACCGGGUGCACAGGAAAAGUCUUUGCCUCUUCUGAGUCUCUCCACCUCCUUCCCCCACCCUCUGCUCUUUUGAGACGUCUGACACUACACUCCGUGGGAUGGCAGUCCCACCGAAGGGAGACAUGGUACGGCUGAUCCGACAGGAGGAGGAGGAAAUUGUAGUGGAGGGGCCUGCCCCCGUACCCUCCAGAGGAAGAGGAGGAAGAUUGAGCGACCAGGAUGGGCGGCGCCCCCGGCACCAGUGCGGCAUCUGCGGCAAGGGCUUCCUGCACCCGUCGUCAGUGAGGACCCACCAGCGGGUGCACACCGGCGAGAGGCCGUUCCUCUGCGCAUCCUGCGGCAAGGCCUUCAAGCACCUCUCCGAGGUAACCGUCCAUGAGAGGGUCCACACGGGUGAGAGGCCAUUCGCCUGCGGCAUCUGCGGCAAGGCCUUCGUCAACUCCUCCAACCUGCUGACCCACCGCCGGGUCCACACCGGCGAGAGGCCCUACAAGUGCACCGUCUGCGGCAAGGACUUCACGCAGUCUGGCGAGCUCAAGAAGCAUGGACGUGUCCACACCGGCGAGCGGCCCUACAAGUGCACCGUCUGCGGCAAAGGCUUCACCCGCUCGCCCCACGUCAAGCGGCACCAAAGGGUCCACACCCGGCACCUGGGCACCGUGACCCUCUGACGAACUCCCCCACUCUGCCAGCUUGAUCUGUGGGAAAGGGCCAGCAGUGUGUAAACUCUACAUUUCUCUCUCUCUCUCGUGCACAUCGUCUUCUGUCAGCAUUGUGAUGUGUGUUGUCGGUCCAUCCGGCUUUUGCUUGUGCCCCAGUUCCCCACUGGCAAGCUGCAGCCAGGAAAGGCCUACAUUUCUGUCUGUGAGCGAGCCAUUUGUUUCAGGAAGCGAUCAACACUGUUUGCGUGCAAGCACACACACAAGACACCCAGAUGUUGACUCCUGCGUAUACUCUUUGCACACGUGCACAACCUGACUCAUGCAAACACAUGCGCACAGUGUAUCUCAUACACACUUUGCACACUGACUCUUGCACACACACAGACAUUGAUUCAUGUGCACACACAAGACAAACAGAUGUUGACUCCUGCGUAUACUCUUUGCACACAGACACCGACUCAUACACACUUGUGCGCAUAUGCACAGACACUAAUUCACGCGUAGACUUCUUGCGCGCGCGCACACACACAGACACUGAGUCACAUAUACACACUUUGCACAUACAUAUUCUCACGCAUACACUUGUUGUGGUUCUGUUCGCCGAGCUGGGAAUUUGUGUUGCAGAUGUUUCGACCCCUGAC